CUCAUAUACGAAGGCGGUGACCCAAACUUCUUUGAAGUGUUCAUUGAAAAUCCAGACAGUCAUUUCCAGCUCACACUCAGACAUGAAUCUGAAACAGUGUGGACCUGUGCAAUUAGAAAAGAUGACUAUCAAGACACUGGUGAUAUUCAGGUGAUUUACGAUAAGGAGCUUGCCAGAUUGAGGCCUAAACUUAUAGAGAAAGUGUCCAAUGUACUGAUUAAACAGCUGCUGGAUGAUCUUUUAGAGGAUGGUGUCUUGAAUGAUGGGGAGAAAGACUCAAUACUUCGGGAGAGCUGUACCAGUGCAGACAGGGCGCGCUGCCUCAUUGACAUGGUUAGGAAGAAAGGACGCAAAGCCAGCAGGAAGAUAUUUACUCACCUUCAAAGCAGAGACCCUACACUCUCUGCUGAGCUGGGGCUGCCCUCUGGCCUACCUGUCUAGCCAGGUUAGGUCUGACUCAGCAGAGCUGGCCAAUGAUAGUGAGCUACUGAGGCCUUGAUCUUAUUUAUAUUUCAGUACCUGCAAAGUGCCUGAGCUAAAGGGACCUUUAUUAUCUUAUUGUUUGACAUCAAAUGUUUAAAGUGUGGAGCACAGAGAAAUAUAGUUUUGAACAGUGAUCUGAUAGCAGCGAUACUUCAUCUUGGUGUUCCUGCACUUCAAGGAGGAGUAAAAUCCACACUCAUCCCUGCUCCUAAUUCAUUAUGCACUGAAAGCCACAUUAAGUGUUUAACAGGUUUCAUUUGUAUUGUUAAUAUGUUUAAUCAACUCACAGCACUCAGCUUCACUAAUUCAUAUUUUUGUAUUACAAAUUGGUAAAGUAAUGUGAAAGGGGUGUCUUGAUAUCGAGUUUCCAGCUUGAUCUAAGAUGAAGGGUAUAUUGCAUAGUUUUAUGCACAUAUUUUCAUUAAAAUGUAUUGUAAAUUUGUACAGUAGUUGCUUUUAUUUUUAUUUCUCUUACUGUCCUACUACACACAUGUUCCCUUCUCUAAAAAUGAAGCACUUAUUUGUGUGCAGUGUUGUAAAUUAGUAGUAGGAGUACCUUACAUUUAUUUUAAUUUGUUUUCAAUAACAUACU